AUGCGUGGCCGUGCUGAUUCCCCCGCAGAGUCGGAGAACGAGUUCGACAUCACAACUGCCCUCUUUGAACAUGACAGCGAUUCCGAUGAUGGCGCAAAGCCGCCCUCCAAGAAAAAACCCCAAAAGCCCGAUACCAACCAAGAUCUGGACUUCCUGAAUGACGACGAUGGCGAUGCGGCUUUCAUCGCAAACUCGCAGGCGUCAGCCAACCGAAAGGGCGCAAACCUCAAGGGCCGCACGGUCAAGAAGGGUGGUGGUUUCCAGGCAAUGGGUCUCAGCGGUACCUUGUUGAAAGCGAUCACCCGCAAAGGAUUUUCCGUGCCCACGCCGAUUCAGCGAAAGACCAUUCCCGUGAUUAUGGACGACAAGGAUGUGGUCGGUAUGGCUCGAACCGGUUCCGGAAAGACUGCCUCGUUCGUUAUCCCUAUGAUCGAGAAGUUGAAGAGCCAUAGCACCACGUUCGGUGCCCGUGCUCUUAUCCUGUCCCCCUCGCGUGAAUUGGCUCUGCAAACCAUGAAGGUCGUCAAGGAGAUGGGCAAGGGAACGAACUUGACAUCAGUACUUUUGAUUGGUGGUGAUAGUCUGGAAGAUCAGUUCGGUAUGAUGGCGAACAACCCCGAUAUCAUUAUCGCGACACCCGGUCGUUUCUUGCACUUGAAGGUCGAAAUGGACAUGGAUCUUUCUAGCAUCAAAUAUGUUGUCUUCGAUGAGGCCGACAGAUUGUUCGAGAUGGGUUUCGCUGCCCAAUUGACCGAGAUUUUGCACGGCCUGCCCACGACCCGCCAGACCCUUCUCUUCUCCGCCACAUUGCCCAAGUCGCUCGUGGAGUUCGCACGUGCUGGUCUGCAGGAGCCAUGUUUGAUUCGUCUGGAUACGGAAAACAAGGUCUCCCCUGAUCUUCAAAAUGCCUUCUUUGCUGUCAAAUCGUCAGACAAAGAAGGUGCUCUGUUACACAUUUUGCACGAAAUCAUCAAGAUGCCCACUGGCGAGACAGAAAUCGGCAAGAAACUUCGCCAAGAAGCCGAAAACCCUUCAAGAAAGCGCAAGAGAUCGGAUGUCCGGCUUCCGAGCGGUUUCAAGGAGUCCCCUACGAAACACUCCACCAUCGUUUUCGCAGCAACCAAGCACCACGUCGACUACCUCUACGCUCUACUCGUCGAGGCCGGCUUUGCCACGUCUUACGCUUACGGUUCCCUGGACCAGACUGCUCGUAAUCAGCAUGUUCAAAACUUCCGAUCUGGUAUUUCGAACAUCCUAGUCGUCACCGACGUGGCUGCUAGAGGUAUCGAUAUUCCCGUUCUUGCCAACGUCAUCAACUACGAUUUCCCCUCACAGCCGAAGAUCUUUGUCCACCGUGUCGGUCGCACUGCUCGUGCUGGCCAAAAGGGUUGGAGUUACAGUCUUGUCCGCGAUAAGGAUACGCCAUACCUUCUCGAUCUUCAGCUGUUCUUGGGUCGCAGACUGGUUCUCGGUCGUCAGUAUGGCACCGAUCUCAACUUUGCAGAGGAUGUGGUUGUCGGAACGAUGCCGAGAGAAGCAAUUUCCCGCGCAUGCGAGUGGGUGCAGAAGGUGCUCGACGAUGACCUAGAUAUUCUCGGACAGAAGCGGGUUUCUCAAAAGGGAGAGAAGCUGUACCUUCGCACGCGUAAUGCGGCUUCCGCCGAAAGUGCGAAACGGUCAAAGGAAGUUGUUUCCUCCGAUCACUGGUCUGAGAUUCACCCGCUGUUCAACGAUGCGGCCAGUGAGCUGGAAGUGGAGCGCGAGAAUAUGCUGGCUCGCAUUGGUGGUUACCGGCCGCAAGAGACCAUUUUCGAGGCGAACAACCGACGAGGCGGUAAAGUGGCGGACAAUGAGGCUGUCGACACCAUUCGACGACUCCGCACUAGCGUGGAGAACAAGAGAAAGCGGGCGGAUCUCAAAGCGGAGGCCGAGUUGGCCGCACUUGGAUUGCCUGCUCCGGGCGAGGAAGGCCACGAGGAGGCUGACGAGGAUGUUCCCGCGCAAGCUGGAGAGAACAUGUCGGAGGCUUCUGACGACGAGCUCGAAGUCACUUUCUCUGCCUACAACAGCAAAUCCAAGCAAGGAGAGAAGAGAGAUGCGGCGGCCGCAUUCCAGAACCCGGAUUACUUCAUGGGCUACAAACCUCAGAACACCGACAUGGCCGAAGACAAGGCUUACGGAGUGCACUCUGGCACGAACUCCAACUUUGCCAGCGAGUCCCGCAACGCGACCAUGGACCUCAACGGCGACGAAGGCAAGCGCGGUUUCGGCGAAGCGCGUUCGAUCAUGCGCUGGGACAAGCGACACAAGAAGUACGUUGCGCGGCAGAACGACGAGGAUGGUUCCAAGGGCAGCCGACUGGUGCGCGGCGAGAGUGGAGCGAAGAUCGCGGCCAGUUUCCGCAGCGGUCGCUUCCAGGCUUGGAAGAAGGGUAAGCGCGUGGAGCGCAUGCCUCGUGUUGGCGAGGCGGAAACACCCGCGAUGAACAAUGUCAACCACUCGCGCAUGGCCACUGGACGAUUCCGCCACAACCAAGACCGGGCGCCUAAGCGGGCGGAUCCUCUUCGUGGCGACUACGACCGGAUGAAGAAGAAGAACGAGAAGGCACGUGAACGACAGCACGAGAAAUUGGGAGGUGCGGCGUACGGUGGCAAGAGCGAGCUUCGGUCUACGGAGGACAUUCGCAAGGCGCGGAAGCAGCAACAACAGCGCCGGGAUAAGAAUGCUCGGCCGUCGAGGAAACGCUGA